UUGGUGGGCAGCUCUGCAGACCCACUCGUGUCACAUACAGAAACACUGAAGUUUGAGUGUCAACUUCCUGUCUCAGCUGCCUGUCUUUUGAUUGCCGAAGCCCUCGCAUGAGGAAACCAGAGCAGCGACAGAUGCGUCUGAAACAGGUCUGUGAAAUGCGCUAGUUCGAAUUCACCAACGUAAAGAAAAUGGCUGCCAACAAAAACCUCCGCCCAAAAAGCGUUGACAUCAGCAGUCAUAUUACUGGUUCUUUCUCUCAGCUGUCAAUGGGGCCAGAAUCCACCAUGGCGGGGCCCAUACACAUCCACUUUCAGAUCGGGCUCCUCAAAGAGGAGGUACAGAUCCCUGAGGGACGCCUCAGCUUCCAGCAGGCAAAGCAUCUCGCAGUAGAAAUCAUUGAGAGAAAGGCUCCGGAGUGCAGUGUCAAUGGUCUGGAGGAGAAGCUGCUGUUAUUCAGACACGAGAACAGUGAGCAGAUCUUACAUAGACUCACUGAAAAACAUGACAUACGUGACGGAGAUCUCGUGGAGGUGGUGCUCACUGGCACGGCUUUAGUGACCGAGACAAAGUACCGCCCACAUUCCUUAGUCGUCCAAUCAUAUCGCACACCUACAUUUUGUCACCAGUGUGGUGAGAUGUUAUGGGGCCUCGUCCGACAGGGCCUGAAAUGUGAAGGCUGCGGUCUAGACUUCCACAAGCGUUGUGCGUUCAAGUUGCCCAAUGACUGCUCUCGCGUGUAUCGCCGAUGCGGCCCGAGUCUGUCGCUGUUUCCUCCAGGACGGCCUCGAGCCCCGUCGCUCUCGAAUCAUGCGGGCGGAAGUCUGGAGGAGAUCAGCAUGACGAAACCGUCACGGUCUCGGCCGUCGUCCUGGGUCGAUGUGCCGGUGUGUGUGGGGGUUUCUGAGGGGAAGGAGGGACGACCGCGUGUUCCUCACACCUUCCACAUUCACACCUACACCAAACCCACCGUCUGCCAGUACUGCUUCCGGCUGCUCAAGGGUCUCUUCAGACAGGGAAUGCAGUGCUCAGACUGUAAGUUUAAUUGUCAUCGCAGGUGCCAGUCUCUCAUUCCUCCUGAUUGCAGGGGUGAGAGAGCAAAUGGAGAAGAAGCUGACACGAGUCAGGAGCCGGAGUCUGAGGAGAACGCUGCAGUGGUGUCAGUAAACGCUCUUUAUGAAGAGCUGCGAUAUAAAGACCCACCGCCCUCAGAGCAGAUGAUGUCUCUACAGCCUCCCGUCACGCCGUGUUUCAGCAGUAAUAUUCCUCUGAUGCGAGUGGUGCAGUCUCUCAAACACAGUAAGAGAAGAGCCAGUGGAGUGUUGAAGAAAGGCUGGUUAAUCCACUACACCAGCACUGACACAAUGAGAAAACGUCACUACUGGGUAUUAGAUGUGAAAUGUAUCACCCUGUACCCGAAUGAAACCAGCAGCAAGUACUAUAAGGAGAUCUCUCUGUCAGAGGUGCUGCAGGUUCGAGGCCCGGCUCAGCUCACGGUUCCAGUGUUGCCAGGCAACAGCGCGCACUCGUUCGAGCUGCUGACGGGAUCACUGGUGUACUGUGUGUUUGCGGAUCAGGAAGGCCCAUCCUGGGAAUCAGCUCUCAAUCUGGCCCUCAGACCAGUUCACGGCACCGCAUGCGAAACGACAGACACCACCGCUGAUGGACAGAAAGGUGACGAGACCCAGGACAUCAGUGAGCUGUAUCAGAUCUUCUCUGAUGAAAUUUUGGGUUCGGGUCAGUUCGGGGUGGUUUACGGAGGCACCCACAGGCAGACGGGCCGUCCGGUUGCCGUUAAAGUCAUCGAUAAAACCAGAUUUCCCUCCAAACAGGAGACGCAGACUAAAAAUGAGGUCUCCAUAUUGCAGAAACUGUCUCAUCCAGGAGUCAUUUGUUUAGAAGGCAUGUUUGAGACGAUGGAAUAUACUUUCGUUGUCAUGGAGAAGCUCCACAGCGACAUGUUAGAGAUGAUUUUAUCUCACGAGAACGGCCGUCUGCCUGAACGCACCACGCGUUUUCUUGUCACCCAGGUUUUGGAGGCUCUGAGGUACCUGCACUUGAGACACAUUGCACACUGUGACUUGAAACCAGAGAAUGUGCUGCUGGCUUCACCUGAACCAUUUCCUCAGGUCAAACUAUGUGACUUUGGUUUCGCUCGCAUCAUUGGAGAGAAGUCGUUCCGGCGCUCGGUCGUCGGGACCCCUGCGUACCUGGCCCCUGAGGUCAUCAGAAGUCAUGGUUACAAUCGCUCUCUAGACAUGUGGGCCGUAGGUGUGAUUUUAUACGUCAGUCUGAGUGGGACGUUUCCUUUCAACGAGGACGAGGACAUUAAUCAGCAGAUCACUAACGCGUCGUUCAUGUAUCCACGGCAGCCGUGGUCCCUCAUCUCGCUUGAGGCGGUGAAUCUGAUCAAUAACCUGCUGCAGGUGGUGGUGAGACGCAGGUUCAGUGUUGGUAAAGCGAUGGGUCAUCCCUGGUUUCAGAACUUCCAGAUGUGGUGUGACCUGCGGGAGUUUGAGCAGCGGAUGGGAUAUCGGUAUCUCACUCAUGAGGCGGACGAUGAGCACUGGAGAGCCUACGCCCUGGAGAAAGGCCUCAGUUUCCCAGAACAUUUAGCAGAAGCAGCAAAUGAAGAGCAGAAAACAGCCGUUUAGAUUUUAUAUUAAUAUAACUGUGAAUAUUGUAUUAUAUGAACAACUCUGUGAAUCUGCUGUGAUGUAUAUCCAAAUAUUUUCGUGUGAUUUAAUGUUUGAGAUAUUUUUCAAUAAAAUAAGAAAAAACUAA